CUCCUUAACUGUGAACCAAUACACAAGUACCGCUAUUAGAUACCACUAACAACCCCCUUUCCAGCAAUCUUACCAUCACGGUGAUCCUGAAUUGCACGAUCAAUAGCACUCAAACCACCAGAGUAUUCCGUGAACUGCACACCCUUCAAGGUUCCUUCACUUAAUGCUUUUGAUGUCCAAACCCCAAUCAAGGAGGAGAGAAAUUCCGCAUCCUGCCAAUAUCAGCACAUCUAUACUCCUCUUUUCAACGAAGAGUAACUUACCAACUCCCCCAAAAUAUCAACAACAUUCGUAUGUACCAAGUCAAUAUUCAGCCGUCUCAGCGCCUCCAAAAACUGCACAUUGGCCACCUUACCCCCCUUCACUCACAAUAUCCAAACAAGCAUUACACGUCUCCUGGGACGAAAUAGCAUCAAACGCAAUCCUAAACCCAUGACCCUGCGCUUUCACUUGCUUAGCCACAUCCCCAUCUC